UUUGCUGUGUUCGAGUUCGCGAAAGACAGCUGCCAACGGCCAAUGUCCGUUGAUGUUAACGUCACGUUUAUAUUUUAUUAAUGCAAUGAAUUUUAUAGCAUGAACGUAACAUAACGGUAAAAAAUCUGUACAUUAUGUCUUUAGUAUUUGAAGCGCUGCACGCAGCAUAAGUUGCGUUAGCUGUAAAGCUGUAAAAAGAAAAUAAAUGUGUAGCUGUGCGGGACUUGUUCUUUUUUUGUAUGUGUGCUUAGACUACAUUCGAGUCUGGAUUAGUGGUUGACAUUGACAUUCUGGGACGCGGGAAGUUUAAAUGGAGAUGCGGAAUCUUUGUGACUGGGUUUUAGCCAAGCCAGAUAACAUGUGAAGUGAAAGUUAAAUGGUUGUGUUCGAAUGGCAUACUGUUUGUACUAAAUACCAGUUCUGACUUUCCGACAGACUUGUGUGUUUUGUGAUUGCGCCAUUAACAAGAUCUACAUACAUGUGAUUUAAAAACAAUUUAAUGUUCUCUCCUUUAUAAAGUUGUAUUUUGUAUAGUGAAGACAGUGCAAGUAAAGAUAAUCAUCCAAAAUGGUCUUCACGAUGAAAGAAGGAGGUUUUGGGGUGGGCGAUUAUGUGGCGUUUGGAGUGCUAUGUUCAGCGUCAUGUGCUGGAGGCAUUUGGUACAGUGCCGUUGGAUCUAGAACUAAAGCUGUUGUAGACAUCAAGGAUUACCUCCUGGGAGGAAGAGCCAUGUCUACUUUCCCAGUUGCUAUGUCGCUUAUAGCAAGUUACGUGUCAGGGGUGACGAUCCUGGGUACGCCCGCGGAGAUCUACAACUACGGGACGCAGUACUGGUUGGUGAUCGUCGGUGUCACACUCAGCUGUGUGGUGGUAGCUACAGUUUACUUGCCCGUAUUCUGUACGUUACGGCUUUCGUCUUCGUAUGAAUAUCUAGAAUUGAGAUUCAAUCGCAACGUGCGUGCCGUAGCUUCUAUUCUAUUUUUAUUGGACGAGGUGUUGUUUCUACCGAUGGUUGUUUAUGUUCCGGCAUUAGCUUUUAAUCAAUUGACAGGAUUCAAUGUCUUUGCCGUAGGUGGUAUUAUGGUUGUCAUAUGUGGGCUUUACACAGUAUUAGGUGGUCUCCGCGCCGUGGUAUGGACGGAUUCAGUACAGACCGGUGUUAUGUUCAUCGGAGUGUUCCUGGUGGCGGCCGCCGGCACCAUCGCCGUGGGCGGAGUGAAGGCGAUCAUCGAUGUCGCCAAUCAAUCAGGGAGAUUGCAAUUGUCAAAUUGGAACUUUUCGCCAUACGAACGGCAGACCGGCUGGGGCGCUAUAUUCGGGGGCUUUCUCUACUGGACCUGUUUCAACUCCGUCAAUCAGACUAUGGUUCAGCGUUACAUAGCCCUCUCUACCAAAAGGAAAGCUAUUACUGCACUAGGAAUAUUCUGUAUCGGUGCGAUACUGGCUAUAUCGCUGUGCGUGUGGUGCGGUCUGGCCGCGUGGACAGCGUGGGUGACAGGAGGGUGCAGUCCCGGCGGAGCACCGCUAGUGGACGAUAGGUUACUGCCGGCUUUUGUUACAUACGUGGCGAGGAUGCAGCAUUUACCUGGACUGGCGGGUGUUUUCUUGGCCGGAGUGUUUGGAGCUGGAUUGAGUUCGCUGUCAGCAGUACUCAAUGCAUGCGCCCUGGUGGCGGUGGAGGAUAUCCUCAGGGGUUGGUUGCGCAUAAGGCUGCGGCCGCUCGUCGAGGGGCUAAUCGCGAGACUGUGCACCGGAAUACUGGCGAUCGUUUCCGUGGUCAUGUUGAUCGUCAUUGAGAAACUUGGAGGCGUGCUUGGUGUGGCAACGGCUCUAUCAGCAAUCGCAGCGAGCACAACAUGCGGCAUAUUCACGCUGGGCAUGGUCUGCUGGUGGGUGGGACCUAAAGGGGCCAUAGCGGGAGGGAUAGCCGGUGCCCUAGUGGCCGGCACUACGUCGUUAGGAACUCAGGCGGCUGCCGCCAAAGGACUGAGGUCGCCGCCGCUGAACAUCACAGCCGAAUGCGCUAGAAACGCGACUGUCGUUUCCGUCUCUGAUUUGGAUCCAGAGACAAUAUUUCCUCUGUUCCGGAUAUCGUAUCACUGGAUAGCGCCGCUGGGCCUCGUCAGCACGCUUAUAGUGGGCGCCCUAGUCGGUUGGUUGUUCGAUAAGAAACAGACGAACAAGAUGGACGCGGAACUAUUCACUCCGGUGAUAUGGAGGUGGCUGCCGCGCGAGGCGCACGACAACGCCGGCGUGACGCGGCGCACGUUGUCGCCGAUCGACGAGUCGCCGGCGCCCUCCUCGCCGCUAAUACUCGCCAAACUCGACAAGAUCGAAGUUAACGGAGAGACAAGUAAAUGAAAGGAACCGAGUUAUGGUUUUUUUAUAAGAUAUAUUUUUAAUUGUGACUUGGAUUCGUUCUAGUCACGUGAUUCCAAGGAAAAUGUGAAAUGUGUAUAUAUAAAUACAUUUAUACACAUAUUUAAGUAAAUGCUAUACUGUAUGUAAGUUAAAGGAAAGAAAGCCUGGAAACAUUACUAUUAAAAGCUAGGGUAGUAAAUAAAAGUACGUGCCGAAUUGAAAAAUACCUUCCUUUUUAAAUCGGUUAAAAAUGCGUCCACUCUUUACUGAUACACACGUUGAAUUCAGUUUUUUUUUGAUUAAUACAAAAUGUAGGUACAUAUUUUUUUUGUCAAUAUACACAGAAUAUGGCGCACAAUAAAAAUAAAUUUGAAAUGUGAAAAUAUGAAAAUGAAUUAUUUAUUUAUUCAAUAGUGAUAUUUUUGUAUCUCAGAAUGAGGGACCAAAAAAUGUAUCUAUCGUGUACUAAGUGUAUUAAUUUAUAUUAAAAUUAUAUUUAGAUGUGUGAUGUAGUUCCUACGGUAACUUGUAAAAAGGUUCAAUAAAUAAUGUUUUAUGUUUGUCUGUUACGUUAUUCUUGAUUAAAAGUUUUAAUUUACGUACAUAUGUAAUUAUAUUUAGAUUAGAUAAUUGAAACGCUUAGGUUAUUCGAUUCAUAUAUUUAUAAAUAUACAUAUGUAUAUUAAUGUUUCAAUCGUCUUUAGUAUUAUUAAUUUCGUAAUUAAAUAUACUUAGUGUUUAAAAUUGUAAAAUCGUAUUGUGAUUUAUAAAAAUAUAUUUCGCGCCCGAUUUUCUUCGCAGAAUGAGAACAUGUUUAUUGUAUAUUCAAUAAUGGAAUUUGGUUAGAGUGCUAAAUAAAAAAUAUCGAUUGAAAUCAAAUUAAACAGUAAAGUGGCAACUCUCUUUUUCACUUUCUUAAAGUGGUAACACUCAGCAACAUAGUAAAUAAUUUAAACUAUUUUUACGGUUUAAUCUCGCUUUUAGUAAUAUUUUUAUUGUUUACGAAUAUUUCAAAUUCUUUAAAGUUUUUGGUGACCAAAAUUAGCCACUUACCAAAAAGCCGCGAGACUAAGGUGUCAAUACCUUGAUAUUUGAAUUACCUUUGAUCUUUUCAGUAUUAUGCUAACUACCGUCUAUUAAUUAAAAUAAAUAUAAAUAAUAUAAUUACCUUUCUUUGAACACAGUAGUAAGAGUAUCUGAGGUCUGACAUUCUGUUUGACUUGGGUUUUUAUAUUUACGAGAAGUCUUUUUUUAAAGAUUUUAUGACCUGGUAAUGAGACCAUUAAGCCAUCACGAUAACAGUAUACCGGAUGAAAACAAUAAAAUGAAUAAAAUAAGGGAUUAAACCUUAAACGUAGUUUUAAUUAUAAAUAUAACAUUUUUAUAGCCGCAAUGAAUUACAACUAUAAUAAUAUACAAGACAAAUGGUAUGUUCGCUUACAUUAAGACAAAUUACAUUCUUACCUGUCGUAUUUAUAACGCCCGCGACGAACUUAAUUCCUCGUACUUAAUGAUGGUGCUAAUUAAAUGGUUAAUGUAAUUAGAUUAAUAAACUAUGUAUGUUUAUGGAGUAGAACAUAUUGUUGUUUAAUUAGUAGAGCCAUCCAUGUAGACUUAGUUUAUAAUGAAUAAGAUAUGUUUUAGUAGUUAUGUUACUAUUUGUUAUUGUUAAUAUUUCAUUAUCAAUACCGAGUAAUUGCUUGAGAUGAUGUUAGUUUUUUUUUUAAGAGCUAACGUGUUCACAUUACGACGUGAAUGCAGUCAGUCGCCUUGAGACGUGAGGUUUGAGUCACAAUUGAACAUAAUGCCGACUGAACGAACCUCUCAAACUAGAACCUUUGAAUGCUUCAGGGUACAAAAAUACAGGAUGGUAGAGCAUACUCACAAGCUUACAAUUCACGCUACCACUAAAUAAAUGUCAGUUGACGAUCGCAUUACGUUAAUACUGAAUAACGCUAAUAAUCUGGUGAAUUCCCUAGACACCUUUAUGAUGCCCAAGGGAAGACGUCAUCGUGGCCUAAAAGAUAAGACGCCCGGUAUUUUCGUAUCUAGAGAUGCGACUGUGCCAAACUGCCCACCGGGUGCUAUGUGGUUACCGGAGUCCGUAGACAUCAGUAUUGAUGUUUCCACCCCAAUUGAGACAAGAGGUCUUAGUACUUCUUUACGGCAGUAAGAGGCAGAGUGGUGGUAGCUACCCAUGCGGGCUCACCGCACGUCCUACCACCAAUAAUUACGAAAAUUGUACUUUUUUUAGUAACAUAAUGUAUUUGUAGUAAUGAGGGAAUAAAAUAUUCCGGCUUAAAGAGUGUGAUGACUAUGAGCUCCGGUGGUCACUUAAUACACGGCACGUUAUUUUUAAGCGAUUUCGGAAUUCGAGAAUAUCGCAACCCACCGCAUUGUACUGAACUAUCAAAUUGUAUUGGUACUGUAAUGAUUAUUGACCUAUCUUGAUGUUUGUAGCAGAAAUAGGCCUUAUGCUGGUAACCAUCCAUACAUGCCUUCAGUAGCGUUAUAUCUACUAACUGGAAUAGAAUUAAAAAGCGCUAUGAAAAUGCAAAGGAUCGAAAUUUAAAUUUAAUGACUUAGGUUAUAAUUGUUUCUAUUGUAACUCUUUUAAAAUUACAUAAAAAAUUCAAUAACGUGUUUGUGUAAUAAAUAUAAUUUACAAUAAA